AUGGCACUGUACACCUUAGAGAAGUUCGAAUGUGACGGGGAGGUUGGUUCAGUCUCUGUCCGUUGGGAAAGAUGGAAAAGAAGCCUAAACAUUUACCUCGAAGCAGCAGGCAUAGACUCCGAGGCAAAGAAAAGAGCUAGCCUUUUACAUUUUGGUGGUCCCGAGUUACAAGAAGUCUUCUAUAACAUCCCAGGAGCUAAUGCAACUGAAGGCGAACUUUUUAACAUCGCGAUCGAAAAAUUAGACAACUACUUUGCACCUAAACAGAGUAAAGUGUAUGAGCGACACCUGUUUCGUCUCAUAAAACAGGAACAGGAUGAAAAGUUCGAGAAAUUUCUUAUCAGACUUCGACUGCAGGCAAAGAAAUGUCAGUUUGGUGGAAAAGAAGACGAACAUAUCAUAGACCAAAUAACGGAAAAGGGUAAAGCAGAAGAACUCAGAAAGAAGAUAUUAAAAACAGGAGAUAAGAUCACUUUAGAUGAAAUAAUUGCGGAAGCGAAUGCAUUGGAAGCCAUAGAUCGUCAAUUAGGAAACUUUAGUACGAAACCUGUAGAAAGUCAGGCAAUUAACAGAAUAGGUAUUGAGACAUGGAAGGAGAAGCAAAAAAAAAGAAGAUUGGAAUGUAGUAGAUGUGGAAGUUGCAGACAUUUGGCCCGUGACAACAACUGCCCAGCAAAAGGAAAGGCUUGCCUUAAAUGUGGCAUCUUAGGACACUUCAGAGAUCAAUGCAGGACAAGACAAACUCAGAAGAGGAAAUUUGAAGGAGGAGAAUCAUCGAACAGUCAGGGAAUAAAGAAGAAAAGCAGGACAACAAACAAUAUCGAGGAAACUGCAAACAUAAUCACGGAUGAGAGAAAAGUCGACUACAUUUUCAAUAUAGAGAACGACGCAAAGGUCACAUGUAACAUAGGUGGAACCAACGUGGAGAUGUUGAUAGAUUCAGGCUGCAAGCACAACCUUAUAACAGACCAAACCUGGGAAAGAAUGAAGAAAAAUAACGCUCAAGUUACCAAUCAAGAUUCGAAUCCUGACAAAACGUUCAUAGCUUACGGGAGUGCAACACCACUGAAGCUGUUAGGAUCAUUUAAAGCCACGAUAAAACUUGCCGGAACAUCACAGGACGUCACAACAUUCUACGUGAUCAGAAACGGUACGCGUGACCUACUUGGACGUGUGACGGCAACCUCAUUGGGACUACUUCGAAUCAAUUUGGACAUCAACCAGGUCGGAACUGAGGCGUUUCCAAAAUUUAAAGGCGUUUUAGUUACCAUUCCGAUUGACGAUUCAGUGAAGCCCGUUGCUCAGCCGUAUCGGAGAAUUCCCAUCUCACUUGAAGAAAAAGUAGAGAAUAAACUGAAAGAAUUACUAGAAAGGGACAUUAUAGAAGUCGUGAAAGGUCCUUCUAACUGGAUUUCGCCUAUAGUCCCUGUGCUAAAAAACGGGGAUGAUAUCCGAUUAUGUGUGGAUAUGCGCCGAGCAAAUACGGCCAUACAACGUGAAAACCACCCACUGCCAACGAUAGAAGAACUGUUGCCUAAAGUUCGAGAAGCCAAAAUCUUUAGUAAGCUAGACAUACGAGAUGCAUUUCAUCAUAUCGAACUUCACACAGACUCAAGGCAUAUCACGACCUUCAUUACCAGCAAAGGAUUGUAUCGAUACAAAAGAAUGAUGUUUGGUAUCUCGUGUGCGCCAGAGAUUUUCCAAAAAACACUGGAACGAAUCCUUUUAGGUUGCGAAGGAGUCAUCAACUUCAUAGAUGACAUCUUGAUAUUUGGGAAAGACUUAUUAGAACACGACUUAAGGCUUAAAAAAGUUUUGGCAGUGUUAGAGGAAAAUAACAUGAUGUUGAGGGAAGACAAAUGCAUUUACAGAAUGAAGAAAGUCCACUUCCUAGGGCAUGAACUAUCAGAACUGGGAGUCAAACCACUAGACAAGUAUAUCUUGGCUAUAAAGGGAUUCAGAGCUCCGACGAAUAUCGCUGAACUGCAGAGUUUUAUGGGUUUAGUGAAUUACGUGGGAAAAUGGAUCCCCCACUUAGCAACGAUAACAGAACCCCUUAAGCAACUGCUACGGCAAAGAACGGGAAGAAACACAGUCAUUCAAGAUGACUGGGGGGAUGCCCAAAAGAAGGCAUUUAACGAUCUCAAGGCGGCACUUAUGAAGGUGCCAAAUUUAGGUUAA